UGAAUCACUGGAGAUCGAUGGAUCUUCCAGGCUUUAGGUUCCAUCCAACAGAGGAAGAGCUUCUCGAUUUCUACCUGAGAAGCAGAGUCGAGGGCAAGAAGCUGCAGCUCGAGAUCAUCACCACAGUGAAUCUUUAUCGAUAUGAUCCAUGGCAGCUACCAGGGCUGGCGAAGAUAGGAGAGACGGAGUGGUAUUUCUACGUGCCGCGGGACCGGAACGGCAACAGGCCGAGCCGGAUGACCGAGCGGGGCUUCUGGAAGGCCACCGGAGGCGAUAGGCCGGUGCGUAGCGCAGCCGACCCGAGGCGGCUGAUCGGACUCAAGAAGACGCUGGUUUACUACGAAGGUCGGGCGCCCAGGGGCGCCAAGACCGAGUGGGUCAUGAAGGAAUAUCGUCUUCCAGAGCAUGUUGCCGCGGCAACGAAGGAGGAGAUCGUGCUGUGCAAGAUCCACCGGAAGUCCGCGUCGGUUAAGGAAUUGGAGCAGCGGGCGGCGGAGGCGGAGUCCGCGGCCUCUGGGGACGCUACUUUCACUGAUCCUGUCGCGGUCGACUUGGCGCCGACGAUGCCGGCGUCCUCGAUUCGGCGGCCGGCGAUCCUGCCGGAGCUGGAAGUCCCGAAGCAGAGCGGGAUGGAGUGGCUGCAGGAGCCGUUGCUGACGCAGGUGCGGAGCCCGUGGUUGAUGGAUUUUUGGUCGCCUUCGAUUGCGAGUAUACUCAACUGUUGAUAACCCAACCGACGAAGCAGUUCGUGAGGAAUUAAAGCGAAAAAAUAUAUAAAAUAUGGUGACAAAUUGUGGAAUUGGAGCGGUGGUUACCGUUGGUUGGGUAAUUUUGCCAGAAAUAUUAGAAUUUAAUGCAUAAUUGUGGUACUUUUUUUAUGUUUUUCUACGUAUUUCUUAUAAUGUUACACACACUAGGCUAUUAUCCUCCUCUGAAUAGGGCUGUAAACUGAGUUAAAUCGAGCUGACGU